CAACCGGACUGGCACUCGCGUUUCACCCCUGUCUCUCUCUCUCUCUAUUUCUGUCUUCGUCUGUCUCUCUUUCUUUCCAACAUCCACACACUUCACUCACACAGUCCGUGUUGUUUAAAGGAAACAUUUCAGCAUGAGCUACUCCGGCGACAUGUACUCGAGCAGCUCGUACAGGAAGAUUUUUGGAGAUGCGCCCCGGCGCGUCACCGUGGGCAGCACCAGCAGCCCGUCCCGGGUGACGGUGCAUGGGUACCGCUCCGGAUCCCAGCAUCCACGGACCUACGCCUCUCCACCAUCAGUGGUGACAUCCUCAAGUUACCGCACGAAACUCGCAUCCGGCCGCGGGGGUUUCCAAUACACCCCGGAGAACCUGGAUCUGACGCAGACCACGGCCAUCACCAACGAGUUGAAGAUCAUCCGCACCAACGAGAAGGAGCAGCUGCAAGGCCUCAACGACCGCUUCGUGACGUUCAUCGAGAAGGUGCACAACCUCGAGCAGCACAACAAAGUUUUGGAGGCUGAGGUCGCCCUGCUGCGCCAGCGCCACAACGAGCCGUCGCGUCUGCACGACCUCUACGAGCAGGAGGUCCGCGAGCUGCGCGCUCGCGUCGAGGACCUGACGCACGAGAAGAACCAGAUGCACCUGGACUGCGUGCAGAUGAACGAUGCGCUGGAGCGUCUCAGGGAGAAGCUGGACGAGGAGACCCGGCUCCGGGAGGAGGCCGAGAACAGCCUGAAGGGUUACCGCAAGGACGUGGAUGACGCCACCCUGUCCCGUCUCGAGCUGGAGAAGAAAGUCGAGUCCCUGCUGGAUGAGAUCGCGUUCCUCAGGAAAGUGCACGAGGAGGAGCUGCAGGAACUGCAAGCGUCGAUUCAGGCCACGCAGGUCUCUGUUGAGAUGGACGUCAGUAAACCAGACCUCGCGGUGGCUCUAAAGGACAUCCGUGCCCAGUACGAAUCUCUGUCCUCUCGGAACCAGUUGCAGGCCGAGGAGUGGUACCGCUCCAAGUUCGUCACCGUGACAGAAGCGGCGGCGCGCAACAAUGAUGCCCUGAAGCAGACCAAGGAUGAGCUGUCCGACUACCGCCGACAGCUCCAGUCGCGCACCCUGGAGAUCGAGUCCUUGAAGGCGCACAACGAGUCUUUAGAGAGGCAGCUGGCCGAGAUGGAGGACCGCCACAGCAACGAGAUAGGCGAGCUGCAGGACACCAUUCAGCAGCUGGAAUCUGCUUUGCGUAGCACUAAAGGAGAGAUGUCUCGCCACCUGCGUGAAUACCAAGACCUGCUGAAUGUCAAGAUGGCACUGGACAUUGAGAUCGCAGCCUACAGGAAGCUACUUGAGGGUGAAGAAUGUCGUCUAAGCACUGUGGGCGGAGCCAUGAUGCAGUCCGCUUUCUCUUAUCCGUCAAGCCGCACUUACGUCAUGAGCACCUACAGGAAGGGCGGAGCAAAACCUGCAGAAGAAGAGGAGGAGGAAGGAGAGGAGGAAGAGGCAGAGGAAGAAGCAGGAGAGGAAGCAGAGGAGGAAGCAGAUGAACAGGAAGGAGGUGAAGAAGAAGAAGAGGAGGAGGAGCAGGAGGAAGAGAAAGAAAAGGAGGAUAAAAAGAAAGAGAAAGAAGAAAAGAAAGAUCAGAAAGAGCCAAAGGAAACUGAGAAGAAGAAAGAAAAAGAAGCAGAGAAGAAGAGUGAAAGCAAGAGUGACAGCAAUAAGGGAGAUAGUAAGGGGGAGAAGGGGGACGAUAAAGGCGAAAAGUCCGCUCCUGCCAAGAGCAAGUAAAGCUGUGUACUCCGUUCACUUCAUGCACUUAAGUCACACAUUCGUCUGUUUCAUCUUGACCUCUCUGUCCUUUUGCCACAAACACGCACGCACACACGUAUGAACACAUUAUCACCAAACAAACAUCCCUUCAUUCUCACUUUCAUUUCACUUGAUGCUGAUGAUUGCAGUUGCUAUGGCGUCAUGCUGAGCAUCACCAGACAGCGGUAGACAGUCUACUCUGCAGGAAAGCAAUUGGUCAGUAAGGACGGUACCAAAAUAAAUGACGACAGCCUGUCUUAAAAAAAAUAAAACAAAUUUCAUUCUAUACAAUUUCCUUGUGUUCAUGUGCCAUUAUUAUCUUUAGUGCAGGAGAACACAAAGAAAAGUGAUGCCAAAUGCGCAGGUAUCAAGUACAAAACGGACCAAGUUAGCUGGUUCCAAUCUCUUGGUGCUAUUUGAUUCAAACAAAAGUGAGUUUGGAAUUUGAAAGAAGUAAAUAUCACAAUACUGUAUAGCUUCACGUAAGCCCUGAAUGUACGUCACUAGCCAAGCACAGGGACACUUAUGUCUCCUAUUUUUCCAGUGAGCAUGUUAGCGCAUCUCAGUGCUGUUCAUUGAGUCACGUGUAAGGGAAAGACGACUGCACUGUCCAACCCUAUAAAAACACACCAUAACCAGCUUAUCAAGGUCUUGGGGGUUACUUGAAAUUUACAAGCAGGUGUGUUCGAUUAGAGUUGGAGCCAAACUAUGAAACGCUUUAACGCUUCGCAUGAUGUCAUGUUACAGUUUCCGACUGUCCAUCUAUCCUCUAUCCAUUUUAAAGUUCAUCUAUUUGUUGUUCCCGUUUUCCUGAAUUGCACAGCACGGCAAACUUCGCGGCGUGAGGUCACCAAUUUAUUUUUGGUUUAGCUUUGGGAGAGGGGAGCGCAUUGUGCUUCAGUAUAGUGUGGAAUCAAACUUUGGCGAUUAAGCAUUUAGAAAGUCUGACGCUUUAGAGACACUUGCUGCUAAUAAUCCCUCUUUCCCCUCCAAAGACCUCCUCUUGAUUGAUUUAUUCAUGACGGGGCAUCCUCUUCAUGUUUGCAAUCUUAUCUUUGUAUAUGUCUUGUCCUAUAUUUAGAUUAGAAAGCCUCUGUACAUUCAGUGUUUUGGGUCUUUCUUGAGUUUAUUUGUAUACGUGUACGUGUGUGUUUGUCUGCAAAUGCUAAUUUUGGCUGCGAGCAGCUGGUAGUGACGGGUCAGGCUCUCUUCCUUUGCUGCAGGUGACAGGCAGGCCAUAGAUAGGACAGAAGGGUCACAGAAAAUCAUACCUACAGCUAAAGCGAAGGGCUGUUAGCGCCACAAUAUAGCCCUUCAAAAAGCAACACGCAUGACACGAGAAUCCAUGCAAACUGCUGAAUAAACGCCAAUGACCGUACACAAUGCAGGCCUGGUAGACUGAAUGAUAAUAGGUGAAAAAGCAGCAUUUUACAAAUACUAUUUAUUGAAAGCUGUGAAAAAAAAACAUUUGGAUUGACACCCGAAAUGCUUCUAAAAUGUGAUAAUAAACAAUCCUAAUAAACCAACAACAGUCAGCGCUUCAUAAAUACUUACCUUACUAAUAUCAUGUAUACCUUAUAAACAUGUAAAAUUAGCUAGAGGAAUCAGAUAGAAAGUAUUAGGAUUUUUUGCAUGAAUGGAUUAGUCAGAUCACAAAAUUUUUUUAAAAUAAUGCUCCCCUUAUUGAAGUCUGGGCACAUGAUAUCCAGGUCCAGUAGCUUUGCAAUAUUCAUGUAGUGUUUAGUAAUUUUAAAUGUUUUUGUUAAGUGUUUCUCUCAUGAAUUGUUUUUAACUCAUCUAAAACCUUUUGAUUUGGCCAUAUGGCACUUUAAACCCAAUUUUGAUGUGAAACCACUAUUACUGACUUAAUCUUCUGUCUCCAAACCUAAAAUGAUUGUCAUACUUCAUUAUCACAUUAUUUUAAUUAACUAAAUUACUUAAGUAAAUAUAUGGCAAUAUAUGUGUUGUUUGUUAAAGGGAUAGUUCAUCUAAAAAUAUAAAUUCUGUCAUCAUUUACUCACCCUCAUGUUGUUACAAACCUGAAUAUUUUUUUGCUGAAUACAAAGGAAGAUAUUUGUAAUGAAGCAGGAAACAGAAGCACCAUUGACUUACAUAUAGGAAAAAAUACUACUAUGGAAGUCAAUGGUGCUCAAAAACGGUUUGUUUACAAACAUUGCUCAAAAUAUCUUUCUUUUGUGUUCAGCAGAACACAGAAAUUAAAAGAGUAGUCCACUUUAAAGAUGGGGUCCAUUGACUUUGUAUAGUAGGAAAAUAAUACUAUGGUAAGUCAAUGGGCCCCAUCUUUAAAGUGGACUACUCCUUUAAUAUAGGUUUGUAACAACACAAGGGUGAGUAAAUGAAGAAUUUUUAUUUUGGGGUGAACUAUCCCUUUAAAUAAGACACUGGACUCUCAUUAAACCCUAAUUAGUUAUCUAGCUAUACAUAAAAACUUUUUUGAAAAUGUAAAAAUGCUUAAAGUGACUAACAAUAGACUGUAUUGAGAGUGACAUUAACAGUCAGUUUGCUACUAAAUGUGAAGAUUUUAAGGUAUUUUGGAAAGGUAACAUGUUGGCCUCAGACUUGAUGUGAACUUAUCCAAUAUAGCAAUAUGGAAAGAGAGUGAAAUUUAAAAUAAAUGUGACAAACAGAUGUAACAAUGCAGCAGUCAUCCAUAAUUUGUUCUGUUGGUUCCAAAGCAUGAAAUGAAUGAAUCAAGAGGAGUUUGCAUGGCUUGUUUCACUUGAAGCUUGACAAUAUGAGGGGUGGGAUAGAUUUGCUUGAUGUGUGUAAAAAUGUACGUAUUUGCCUUAAUCGUGACUGCUUAAAAGAGUUCUCACAUUUUCUGCGUCUCUCUUCACUGAUGGUUCAAGAGUGCUAACAUUUUAUCUGUGUAGCUGAUAUUAUCCUAAAGCCAAAUAAAGACAUUUAUCAACCAAACGUA